UAGAUGCUCUUAUAUCGUUGACAUUUUCUGUCGAUAUAGUAGGGUUCCUUAACUAAAAGGAGCUUUACAUUUGUCGUUGAAUACCAUUUUGGCAGUUUUUAAAAAACACUACGAACUCGGGCCCAGGCUACUUUCACCCUUUCUCUUUAAAGGUGGAAUAGAACUAAAAGAUCCCCCUACUUUUACAAAAGGAGAGACGAACGUUAACACCGCAACAUAACCUCGUUCGAUUUACGCCUUAUGUUAUAUCUGAUGGAAAAAUGUCGUUAAUACGACACACGAUAUGCCUUUCUUCCAAUUUUGCAUCAAAUCGUUAUAUUUCACCACUUUCGACGUUUCCAUGCCGUGAAUUAUCUGCAUUAAUUACACGCUGGUCAUCAACAAAUUUGGCUUCCAGUACUCCUACGAGUGACCUUAUCAUUGACGACAGUUGUAUUCAGCGAUUGAAGGAAUUAACUAAAGGAAGUGACAAAGACAUGUUCUUAAGAAUAAGUGUCGAAGGUGGUGGAUGUUCCGGCUUCCGGUACACUUUUGAUCUUGAUUCAAAUGUGAAUGAAGAUGAUAAAGUAUUUCAGAAGGAUGGUGCAAAGGUUAUUGCGGAUUCUACAACCCUGGAAUAUAUUAAAGGAUCCACAAUAGAAUAUCAUACAGAACUAAUACGAUCAGCUUUUAGAGUAGUAGGCAAUCCCUUAGCCGAGCAAGGUUGCAGUUGUGGAGCUAGUUUUGCAAUUAAAGUGGAUUAAAUCAUUUCCUUUACAGAAUAUUCAACUCCCAUGCUGUACAAAAUAGAGAAACUAAUUUAUUUAAUUUUGGCUUUAAAUAAAUUUAUGUACUAAGUUUCAGAAUUGUUAUUAAAAAGAUAAGCUAA